GUGGAUAUAGCUUGGACUAGAACGCCUGUAGUUACAGUGAGCCUUGGCGUGUUCACCGCGAUGAUUGCUAGCUGAGGGAUUUUGCAUGAUGCUAACUCAAGUACGGCCGCGCAUAUACUUCGGGUGCCUUGUGAUUCGGAUUAACGUCGAAUGACCUCUACGGGAAGUGGCGCACGCUCGAUAUCAGAAAGAGAGAGAGGGGGGGGGAGGCUGGAAACCGAAAAUAGGCCGACUCCUCAGGUGUCAUCUCACGACUGUCAGAAAUGUUGGUCGUCUGGUGGUAUCAUUGCCUGUCUGUCAUUUCUAUGCACAGUCCACAGGAGCAUUAAUGUAGAUUUCGAGCUCCUGCGGGAGGCGUACCGACCAGAUGGACCGUUGUCGUGUCAUACCAUCUGCAGUCGCCUCACUUGCUUAAUGGAGAUGAGGUGAGACGACGUGCAAAGACAAAGUGUCAUAUCGUUCAGAAAUGAACUCAUAAGGAUGGCGCGCGCGCCAUCCUUCAUCAUCACCUGCACCGAUGGUUGAUGACGAAAAGCGAACGGC